UUUGAACUUCUGGCUUCCAACAUUUUCUGAUAAAGAAAGAGUUGGAUUCUGUCUUUUUUGUAACUUUUUGGGUGGGUUUCACCCCCUGACUGUGUUUCAUUUCUCUGAGUUACAAUGGCUCUUGGAGUGCUACAUUCGCAAGUAAAAAAUUCCCUUAGUGGAAGUGUAUUUUUGGACAGAGGCUCUAUAGAGGAACCUCCACCUCCACCUCCACUCCGCAGCUACCUUUGUUUGAGUAUUUUCACGUGCUUUUGUCCUGCGUACCCUGUCAACAUCGUGGCCCUGGUCUUCUCUAUCAUGUCUAGGAACAACUAUUAUCUUGGAGACUACGACGGGUCGAAGCGGCUCGGCAGGAACGCUCUCUACGUCUCUGUGGCCUCCAUCAUCAUCGGCCUCCUCAUCAUCGCCAUCUCCUGCAUCGUUCGUUUUACAGCUAUGGAGUUUUAGUGUUGCAGAAGAGGAGAGAGGAGCAGGAGAGAAUAAGACACAAACUGUGGAUGCUGACGUCUGGGCUCAGGUGGUUCACACUGUACCAUCUGCCUCUGGAAGGACGAUCGCUCGUUACUUCAAUCUGUACAUCACUCCCUCGUGGGUUCACCGUUUUUCAUAUGGAAUAUCCAGGGCUAACAUCUGGUGAAUGUGUUCAUUUUAGUGUCAAUGAUGCUUGGGGAUUCAAAAGGGCAGCUUUCUGUGAGACUAUAUGUACUUUUAACUAGAAUGAUUAAACUGAACUGUCUUGAAUUUGAUCAAAAUACCUACUUUAUCGAUUUAGAAAUACUUUGUAAUGCCAUUGAUAUUUUGUGCUGCAACAUAUAUUUAUCAUUAUCAUUUGAUGUGUUUGUCAUCUUUGGUAUGUAAAGUAUUUCUCAUGUGUUAUUAUAGAGAAUUGACAUAAAGGCUCCUUGCUGUUUGUUGAGUGUCUUAAAGGCAACGGUGGUCGUAAGGUCUAGGCAACACAACAACGCUAUGAGGGUAUGAAAGAAGAUCAUGGUUUGGAUAAAAACAACUAUUUAAAUGAUGAAUGAUGUGACAUAGGUUAGUCAAAACAAUUCAAGAUAUCACUAGGCAAAAACAUUGGAAUUAGCUGAGAGCCCGGUGCUCCCCAACAGUAUGUGGUCCUUCGUGAGAGGUACAUUUUUCAAAUUCAUUUAUUUUAAGCUCCAACCAUCGGAAUUCGUUAUAAUAGUCAAGAAAACUCUCCUGGUGAAUUUUAUUCAAAUUCCAACAACAUUUACCCUUCCCACAUCAACCUUGAAGUUUAGCCUCAGUUGCCGUGGCUGCUGGUGUGACUAUGUAUUUGAG